UUAAUUGAGGUUUCAGCCAUGUUUCUUGAACACAUAUGAUGUCCGGACUAUUUUCUUGAUUUGUGAUGAAUUUUUUGAAUUCUUGACCAUUGGCAAUUAAACUUCUUGCAUUCCAUUGCAUUAUUGUUAACACCAUUAUGUACCACCACAUGUUUGACUGUUUUCUGUCGGAAUGAUUACUGUUUGUGACUUAAGCUUUUCAUUUAUCAUAUCUACUGUAACUUCUUCUAACUCCAAGUACUUUUCUGCAGCUCUAAUAAUGAUUUUAAUUCUCUCUGUCCUGCUUUCAGUUUGGGUGGAACAAUUCACCACUUCUGCUAUGAAUGCUACGAAUGAGACUUUAUCAACAAUCUCUUCAUUCUCUUUACUUUGCUCUUUCACCACUGUCUUUUGUUGUGGUACUGUUGUCCUUCUUUCAAUUACUUUGGGUACUUUGGGAACAUAUGGCCUGACAUUGUAGCUCAUAAAGCCUAAAUAUACUCUCUCAGGCAAUUUGUUCUCAUCAAAGUUUAACAUUACUGAGAGGCUGUCAGUCUUCUCAUUAUUUCUAAGGCACUUGAGCGCCUGACAUCAUUUACUGUUGCCCCAGAUAUAUUCCUUAAGAUUUUCUCAGCUGAAACAUCAGUUGGGAUCCCUGUUAUCACACCUCUAACCCGAGUCUUCUCUUCUGGGAUUGAGCAUACUACUUUUUGUCCAAGUAGUGAUUUUAGUCGCAGGGCCGUUUUUUGUUGUUUAUCAUCUGUACAGAACAAUAUCAGUUUGCCAUCCCUCAGUGUCUUUAUACUUUCAACUGUUCCUAAUUUUUCUUUAAGUGCUUUUGUUAAUUUCAAUGGGUUUAUGACAUUUACGGACUUGGUAGCAAACUUCAGCAAAACUUUAUACUCCUCUUUCCUCCUUCUUGUCUGGUAAAUUCCCUUUUCACUUUCCGUUUCUGAGAUUUGUUCCCAAUUUUUCUUUCUUUUCCGAUUUUCUACCAAUUUCCAUUCAUUACUUGCAUUACCUCCACUAUCCUCAUCAGCCAAUUCUUCCUCCAUUUCCUAUGAAUCUAUGCUACUUCCUACCAUCAGUGCUCCAGUCACAAUCCAGCUGUCGCCCUCCGCCUGUUCCGGGUCCUCCAGCCAGGAACACCCGUCAGUGCGUCAUGUUCUUCUUCUUCAUUGGAUUUAUUGGCGGGUCGCAUACUUUACGGUGCAUACCGCCACCACCUGUGCUGGAAGUGAUUUCAGUCUAGAAUGAACGCUGAUGGCAGUAAAGAGAAGCAGAGGAUCAGAAUGGACAUUCCCAAACUAGAUGCUGUGUUUGUAGGUACUGGGGACAUAUUUACUGCGCUGCUGUUAGCCUGGACCCACCACCACCACCAUAAAAACCUCAAAGCAGCCUGUGAGAAAACUGUUUCAGUGAUGCAGCAUGUCAUUAAACAUGUCUAUUGCCUAUGUCAAGGACAGGCUGGUCCUGACCGGAGACCGAGUCAUGCACAGCUGGAGCUGAGAAUGGUGCAGAGUAAAGCAGACAUUGAGGAUCCUGCCAUAACCGUUAAUGCCAUUGUGCUCUAGAGUUUCACUUUCCUGUCAUAAAGAGUGUGGCGGAGCCCUGACACACAAAAAGACACUCAAAGACUCAUCUCACUUCAGAUAACACAAAUACAUUAUUAUGUAAAACAGGAAAAACUUGGGUGAAUGAAUGACACAUGACUCAAACACAUGUAAAAUUACAGGUCAUCCAAAUGCUAACCAAAUACUAACUUAAGCCAUGGUGGUUUUUGUGCUCGACUUCAGUAUCAGUAUAAUAAUGUGAAUGAAAGAAAGUCCUGAUCAGGAAUUACUGUAACCAGUCUUUCAGAUGUUUGCUGCUACAAUGGAAUAUUUUUUAAAGAAUUUAAAAGAUAUACAAACAAUAUUUCCUCAUUUUAAAGUUAGACACCAGAUCCUUAUCGGAGUCCGCCAUAAGUUUCACUUACAGUAAUCUCAUUGUUCUUCUGUCGUUCAAACCUUCUUCAUUUCAACAUUAUCACACGAUUCAAUAACAAGAGUGGAGAAAGAAAUUGUUAUAAAAUAAAAACAAAAACUAAUUGAUUUUUAAUCCGUACCAGCAGUCAGAGAGCCAGUGCUGUCUUAUGUGUUAACUGUUGCAUCUCUCUUAAGUGCCUAAUGUUAGAGUUGUAAUUUGUUUAUUGUUAAAGUUGUGUUCUGUACAUCUGUCAUGGGUAAGGGUAAAAUGCAGAUACAUAUUGUUUACAACAGAGCACAUAAAGAGUAAUAGCCUACUAAAAAGGAAAGAAAGUGCUUAUACACCGUUUGUGUAUGGUUAUUGAGUAUUAUUGUCUGUCUGAUGC